CGGCGCGCACGUCGACCUGCUGCUGCGGCCCGCGCGCGCCUCGCACGCCGGCGGGCGGCGCGUGCGCCGGCGAUGCGUCUUCUGGGACGCCGACGCGCGGACGUGGUCUGGCGAGGGCUGCACGCUGGUGGAGCGAGGCGCCGUGGACACGUGCCGCUGCUCGCACCUCACGCACUUCGCGCAGCUGGCGUCGCCCGGCGCGCCCUUCGCCUACCCGGGCCACGAGCGCGCGCUGCAGGUGCUGUCGCUGCUGGGCUGCGCGCUGUCGCUGCUGGCGCUCGCCGGCGUCGCCGCCACCGCCGUCGUCGCGCCGCACUGGCGCCACAAGCCCGAGAACAAGAUCCUUCUGCAGCUGAGCGCGUCGGUGGCGCUGUGCAUGGCGCUGUGGAUGCAGGCGGCGCUGGCGCCGGGGCCGCCCACGGGCGCCGCCGGCUGCAGGGCGCUGGGCGCCGUGCUGCACUACGCCGUGCUCGCGUCCUUCUGCUGGAUGCUGGCGGCGGGCUUCACUCACUACCUGCGUCUCUCCACGGGUCUGGAGGUGCGGUCGAGCGGCGGGCCGGGCGCGCGCCGCCUCUUCAAGCGCAAGCUGCUGCUGUGCGUGGCGCUGGUGGCGCUGCAGGGGCUGGUGUGGGUGCUGGCGCCGCUCGCCGCCGCCUCGCUCUUCUUCGCCUACCUCUUCUGCCUGUCGGCGCCGCUGCAGGGCGUCGUGCUGUUCGCCUUCUUCGGCCUGGGCGAGCGGCAGGUGCGCGCGCGCGUGAGCGCGUGGGCGUGGACGAAGCGCGCGGGCGGGGCCGGGGCCGGACGGGGUUUGCGCGCCGCCUCGCCCGCCUACCGCGGCUCCGGCACCACCGCCUCCACCUCGGCCUCCGCCUCCGCCUCCGCCCCCGACGCCGCCGACGCCGCUGAAGCUCUGCAGCCCCUGCGGCAGGCGCCGUCGCCGCCCACGUCGCGCUCCAGGGCGCUAUCGCUGCCCGAGAUAAACGCCGCGCCGCACCCGCGGGAGUCCCACCUCUGA